AAUUACUGUAACGUUAUUAAUAACAGUAAGGUUCGUGCCUCGCCAUCGUAUCCGGAUUAUUUUCGCACAUGGAUAAUUAUCCGGAAUUGAGGUGGCCGAAAGGACACACGACCCUUGGGCGGCAAUUCUAUCAUGGACGUGAACCGCAUUUUCUCGGCUGAGCAGAUCGAAGUGCCUCCCGAUCUGCCGCUGGUGCUCAAGGAAUGGACCAAGGACGUCAUUCGGGCAUCCCCGGAGGACUUGGCCAUCUUUUCGUUGCAGUGGUUCAAAGCGCGCGCCGACGAGCGCAGCGGCGGGUCCCUCUCGGCCGACGAGCUGGAAAACAUCCGCAAGUUGUUUGAGCAGUACGACGUCGACGGCAACGGCAAGAUGGAGGCGCGCGAGCUCAAGAGCUUCAUUGUGCAAGAUCUGGGACUGGACAUCUCCGACAACGACCUCGACGCGGUCGUGGCUCUCCUUGACACGGACAACUCGGGAUUUCUCGACUUUCACGAGAUCAUGAAGUGGUAUGGCGGUCAAAUCUAGCUGGUCUCUUUCUCGUGCUUAAGACAAAUCAAACUCUCCAAACUCUCA